AUGCCUGCCGCCCUCUCGAUGGUGCCCGCCUGCGACGCGGAGGAGCCGCUCCUGGCGGAGUCGUCGGACCGCUUCUCCAUGUUCCCCAUCCGGUUCCCGCAGAUCUGGGAGUUCUACAAGAAGGCGGUGGCCUCCUUCUGGACCGCCGAGGAGGUGGACCUCUCCUCCGACGCGCGCCACUGGGACACGACGCUCUCCAACGACGAGCGCCACUUCAUCUCCCACGUGCUCGCCUUCUCCAACGAGCUCAUCUCCCGCGACGAGGGCCUGCACUGCGACUUCGCCUGCCUCCUCUACGACAUCCUCCGCGGCAAGCUGGACGAGUCCCGCGUCUUCGAGAUCGUGUCCGAGGCCGUGGACAUCGAGAGGGAGUUCGUCUGCGACGCGCUCCCCUGCGCGCUCGUCGGCAUGAACGGCGACCUCAUGAGCCAGUACAUCGAGUUCGUCGCCGACCGCCUGCUCAUGGCGCUGGGCUGCAAGAAGCUGUACAACGCCACCAACCCGUUCGACUGGAUGGAGCUCAUUUCGCUGCAGGGCAAGACCAACUUCUUCGAGAAGCGCGUCGGCGAGUACCAGAAGGCGUCCGUCAUGUCCAACCUCAACGGCGGCGCCGCGACCCAGCACGUCUUCAGCAUCGACGAGGACUUCUGA